AUGUCCAACUUCGAGCCAAUUCACUACGUGCCAGCACAUCAUCGAGAACAGAUCCUAAAAGCACCAGUCAUCCGGAUCUUCACCGUUCCUCAUACCCAGUCCGAAGGGACAGCAAACCACUGGUGUUUCUAUCUCCUAACCCCCUCCGGAACCUCCAUCGCGGUGGACUGUCAACCCAGCCAUAGAAUCCCGAGUACUGUUCUUCACGGAGGCUCCAAGGGAUUCCUAAUCAUCUCCGAACUAUCCUAUACAUUGCCCCCCGAUGCUCAGAAAGCGUUUCCUCUCGACGUGAUCUCCGGACUAACUGUGGCCGGUGUCCUGCACAAACUCAUCGACCAUGGUCGUCAUCAAUACGAGUUCGAUGUCCAUGGAGUUGGGUGUAGAUACUGGGUCACUAGCCAAAUAGACCUGAUGUGUCAGGUAGGAUUACUCACGGAUCUUAGGCAGUGUGCCAAUGCUAAAAUGGCGGUUACUUUGCUGUGGCCCGAACAGACGACCCUGCCGCUAGAUAGAGGGGCCUAUUAUCAAUAG